AUGAGGUUUGCGAUGGGGGGAUGGUGGUGGUGGGGGUUGGGAGGGCGCUUUGACCCAGGGAUAGCCUCCACCUGGUUCUUGGCCGCUGCAGGGCUCGACGACGCGACCUGGCCCGCAGGCCUCUCUCUAUACGCGACCGCCCGCAACGCGCCAGACGCUCGUCACUUUUGGGCCUGGCCUGGCCUGGCCUGCCUGGCUGGCUGGCAAGCACCUCCGACUUCCGAAGUGGCAGGCCAGGGUGCGGCCCUCGCUCGCUCGGCUUCCCGCAGCAGCUCAGCCUCGCCUCGCCUCUGGCCCUUCGGUCUCGCCACCAUCGCCGCCCGCCUUGCUCAGCUUGCUUCUCCCUAUCCGCACAAAGAGCGAGCGAGCGACAAGGCCGCUCCCCAUGGCGCACACCACACCGCAUACCCAGACAUGACCGUCGACGACGACGACGAGUUCGACGCCUUCUUUGACGACGCUCCCCUCGACCCGGAGCUCGAAGAGUCCCUCGCCCAGGUGGAAGCCUCCUAUACUGCUUCCCAGUCGCUCCAAAACAGGCAGCAGCCAAGCGCCACUGCCAACCUCACGGCCGCCGCCCAUGCAUCUGCAGUCCGCACCGCACAGCCGCCUUCCUUCGUGACCCCAAACCUCGGGAGCGGCGUUCGCAAGGGCACCUUCAUCAACCCUCAGAAGCGUCAGAAGCUAUCCAACGGCCUCGCACGCGUCACAUCCGGCGGCCGCACCGGUCUACGGCACGAAGCUGUCAUUCUGGAGGACGACGAGGACCAAGGGGCUUCUCCAUCGCGUCAGGCCCCCACCACCACCAGCAUCGCCCCACAGCCUCACGCUGCCGUUUCGACCAGGCAGCAACCACCUGGGCGCCUGCAGAGACGAUCUCCCGGUGCAGACGAGGUCAUCGUCCACAACCUUCGCGACGAUGAGUUUGGCGACGGCGACGACGACUGGUGGACCGGAAACAACGGCCUCGACCAGGCAGAGGAGGAGGCUAUCCGCAUGUCGCAGCAGCCCGUCUCGCAGCAACCCGUACCCGCCCGCAGGGAACCCCCCACCGUUGCCGCCACUGCCGCCGCCCUCGAGGCGGGGCCACCGCCAAGCGCUCACGAUGUCGACCUCCGACAGCUCAAGCAGCAGCUGCAAGAGCUGCAGAGGGCGGCCAAGCAACAAGAAGAGGCGAUCCGAAAGCUGACGCUCGACAAGCGCGCAAAGGAGGGCGAGGUCGCAGUGGUGCGCCAGAACCUCAACAAGCUCAACCUCGAGAAUGCCAAGCUGCGCGAAAAAGAGGUGCGCAUGGAGCAGGAGCACAAGGCCACGCUCGAAAAGCUCCACGCCGACAAUCAGCGCCAGAUGGAGCGCCUAGAGACGGCCACCGCCUUCCGCCGCGUAGAGCAGGACACCAGCCGCAGGGCCUGGCCCUCGAGCGUCAGGCGCGUGCCGCCCUCGACGCUGCGCGACCGCGAUCGCCGCCAAGAGUCGCAGGUCGCCGCCGGCCUCACGACCCCCACAAAGCGCAACCGCAACGGCGGCCGGCCCAUCACGCCGAGCUCCUCGACCUCGCGGACCCCGCGGACACUGGGUCGUUCGGCGGCACUGGACCGGGCAGAACCCGUCAGCCCAAGCAGGCGAGCCGGUGCGGUCGAGGCGAGCCAUGGUGUCCACGCCCAUGGCCGACCGAGCAGCACAAAGGGAAAGGGCAAGGCCUUCUCCAAGUUCAAAAACUCGUUCGACGAUCCCGGGCUCUUGCCGGCCAAGUUCCAGCCGACAGCCGCAGUGCAAGUCCAUCGACCGGCCUCGGCGCUCGGAUUGAGUCAGGACGCGGUCGACAUCAGCAUGGACGAUGCCCCGUUGCUCGAUCCGCCGUCACCACGAGGGCUGCCGCACACGCCGUCGAAGCGAGGUCGAGACGAGCUUCAUCCUGCGGAAGCUGGCUUCGACUCCGCCGCAUACCGGCGAAAGCAGCGGUACUACUGGGCUGUUGGCGAGCUGGUGCGGAGGCGCGCCGAGCUCGUGGGGCAGGUGCUCAGCCAUACCUGCGCCAUCCCAUCGACGCCUCUCUCGCACCCUAGGACGAGGUACAACCCGAAGGGCUCGCCGCCUGGCAGUCAGCCAUCCGGGUCAAGGCCUUACGACAGCACCAUCCACCGUCUCAUCAACGCCGAGAUCCCUGCGGGCGCGCCUUCGAUUCUCUUGCAGCGGUACGCCCUCGCCACGCAGUACCUCAACGCUGUGCUGACGCAGGGCAGCGUAUCCGACGGCGAGGACCGCUUCCGCUUCUUGCUCGAGCACGACGACGGCUGGGAGGAGGGCCUGGAGGACGGGAUGCAGGACCUGCUCGAGGGCCUCGCCGCCGCACUGCAGACGCUCAUGGGCCUGUUCCUGCGCCUCUGCAUGACCGACUGCCUCCGGGAUACGCUGAAGCUGGCACGGUCGCUGUGCGUGGCGCAUCCACCCCUGGCAGAAAAGAUCCUGACGCCGCAGGACGGCGUGUGGGACUACAGGGCCGAGGAGCGACGGACGCAAGGCAGCGCAUCGGACGCGAUCUCGACCGAAGAGAUCGACACCCCCCGCAGCCUCACCAUCAUCCUGGUCGAGUCAAUCAAGAAGUGCAACGUGGUCCCGAUCUCCGUCUCGUCUCCGGCAUCGACCCUCACUUCUGGCGCGCCGGCGCCUGAAGCCGUGGACCGGGGGCGUCCGAUCGCGACGCAGGCGCAGAGCCAGGCGCGCCGCCUUGUGGAUCGUGAGAGAGCCAGGGCCGCCGCCAACGCCGAAGCAGCGUCAAACCUAGCUGAAGACGAGGACAAGGAGCAGCCGUGGGACAUGGGAGAGGAUGCUCGAGAGGAGCUCGUCGAAGCCGUCGUCGACGUCCUCGAGGUCCUCUGCUGGGCUUUCCAGGGCCAGCCCCUCGAGUCGGCGCUGCGCUUCAUCGGCGAUACCGACGGCUUCCUCUUCACGCUCCUGGACCGGCGGCGGCGGUGCUCGAGCAUCGAACGGACGGUCCGCCUCGUUGCAUCCAUGUCGUCCAACUCGAGCCUCGUCCAUGCCUGCCUCGCGGCCAGGCCGGACCCGCAGCUCGGUCAUUCGCUCAACACGCCCAGCUCGACCUCGACCGGUGGCGGCGCCACUUCGAUGGCCGCGACCACGGCCGGACGGAGCUCGCGCAGCGGUCGGUUCUCGGUGCUCGAGGUGAUGGCCAAGCACCUCGUCGAUCGGCGGUACGACCUGCCGGAGCGCGAGUGGCACUCGCUGCACCGCACCAUCCUCAUCCUUCUGACGCAGGCGGCCAUCAAGGCGCGGGACACGCACAUCAUCCUGGCCGACUCGGCGCCGCUGCUGGCCGCCCUGGUCAAGUGUCUCUCGCUCGAUGCCGACACGCUCUGGAACGAAGGCGCGCACGGCAUCCUCGCCACUCUGCGGCCAGAGCUGCUCCCGGCCGCAUCGGGCCGACAGGACCUCGAGACGGGCCUUGAGCACCUGGUGGAGCGGCUUACGCUCGACGUCCGUCUGCUGACGGUGCUCUACCGCUACCCGCUUCCACCCUCAGUGGGACCCGGGGAAGGCAGCGACAGCCAGUAUUCUGCGGCGGGCGACUCGGAUCCGGACGCCUUUGACGGCGCCUCGACGCGGUGGGGGCUCAUCAGCCUCGCGCAGAAGCUCGAGGAUCAGGAGACGUACAACAUGCUCAACGGCAUCCGACAGACAUUCACCGUCGCCCUCAACCGGAUCGCAUUUGCGCCCGAGCCUGACUGGAUCGACGAGGAAAAGGAAAUGUCCCUGACCCGGCUGAAGCUCCUCGACCUCGACCUCGACCUCGACGCCGACGCCGAUGCCGACGCCUCAGCGGCCGCAAGGGACGAUGAGGAUCCGGAACGGAAAAGGAGAAGAGCAGCGGUGGAGAAGAGGGUGAGGAGACUCGCAACGGCCUCUGCCCGCCUGGAAUCCGUGGCGGAUCUGGCGGGUGACCUUGUGGACUUGGUGCUCUCGCCCGACGAGGUCGAUGAGAUCUACGAGCUGCUGGCCGACGAAGAGGACGAGGGCGAGGAUGACGAGGAACAACGCGCACGGGCACACGCGGAGCAACAGCGUCGUCUGCACCCCGGCGUGGGUCGAUCGGAGCAAGCGGCAAGCGAAAACGAUAUGGACGAGGACGAGGAAGCCAUCGCGGCCGCUGCCCAUCCGAUACAGGAUGACGCACCGAUCCAGCAUCACCAGCACCAGCACCAGCACCAGCAUCAGCACCAGCACCCCGCACCGCAAGACGGCCGUCGAUCCAUACCGCCACCGCCGCCACCCGACGAUCUCGGCAGCGAGACCGAGACCGAACCCGAAGACGCUAUCGACCACAAUGGUCGAACCAUCGCUACGCCACCACCACCGCAGCCGCAGCCGCCGCCGCAACCGCUCACGACACGGGCGUCGCGACCCAGAGCGGCGGCGACGGCUGCCAAGUCGGCCCUCAAGCAGCAGCAGCGAGAGGUCGUCGAGAUCCUCGAUUCCGACUCGGACUCCAAUCCGUAG